ACAGAUUGCUAUGCAAAUCAAAAUUAUUGUCGCAAAUAGUUGGAAAUAUACCUUAUGGGUAUGUAUAUUUCAUAUUUAGGGGGAGGGAGACAUCCGCCUCUCUCAUUAGAAAGGUUCAUAGCUUUGCCCCGAACAGACUUCAUCUCAGCACAAGCCACCCGUUUUUCCAAAAUGUAAAAAAUUUAAAAAUUAAACCUAUGUAUGUAAUAGUUUAGCAGUUUUACAUGCCGAGGAAUUGUACAUUUUUCAAUGAACAUCAUGGGUCAAAGAAAUAUACGGUAAUUCCGAAAUGUAAUAGUUCCCAUGCAGUUAAAUAGCGCCUGCAAUUAAAGUCAUCAAGCCGACCAUUUGCGAAUCGGAAUCUGUAUGUGUCGUAGGGUUAACACUUUAUUAAUCAGACUGUAUUACUGUAAAAGCGUAAACUUCUGCGCACAGGCCUGCCCGGUCACUGUUUAAAUAAUGAGAGUACGAAGACGCUCGACUUUUAACCAAAACUAGCUUAGACAAGCUACCUACCCAGGAAAAGUAAAAUGUAUAUUAAAACACGCAACUUCGAUAAUUAAAGAAUACGGAAAUUUAAUUCAAUAUAAAAAUUCGAGUCACGAAAAUAAGUCUCGACUUAAUAUUUUGCCAUACUGGGCUCAGAAGAAUCCAAUAAGACGUAUUAUUACUAUUAUUAUUAUUAUAAUUAUUAUUGCUAUUGAACAUGCUCGUUUAAUAGUAAGUCAGUCGAUUAUGUUAACCCGCAGUAGAUGUGAAAAGAAAAUCUCUAUAUUGGCUACGCAAUUAUAUAAAAAAAAACAUGAGGCAUUUACUUCUCACGCCGGCAAACAUGCAAUUGCAUUUCACUUCUGCUAGUAAUGCGGCUAUAUUAAAAUAAACCAAGUAGGUUGAGUCUUGAAUUUCGAAGUCCUUCAUUUCGGAUUAAAAGAGCACUUAUUUAUGUGAAUGACAUUGCAGCUACAGCAUAGGCGUCGAGUGUAAAACAAGGCUCGGAUCCAUUUUUUUUAUUGGAGUUCGCCCACCGCUAAAGCGCACAUUACUAAAUAUGUUUGUCUCGUUAAUGCUAUUACUGACAUUGUCUCCCCGUGUACUUACGCUGGUUAAUAGCAUGGCAAGUUCUUGUUAUAAUCACAAACCUAUUUUAUGCAUACCAAGCUGAAACAUAAGAUGACAGGUAUUGUUCAAUAGUUAUUUAUUGAUUGUAUUUACUUAUCAAUCAACCAAAUAUUUCUUGUUGGCUAAAGGAUAAAAGACUGGCAUACAAGACGCAAUGCUUCAUAACCUGAAAGGUGGAAGAAGCGUGUUGUGGUAAUCGAGCAAGACUAUAUCAAAAGGAAGAGGUCAGUGUUUUUCAUCUGUACGGCAGCAUCUGAAUUACUUGAAAGAUUUAAAAUUUUAUUUCUGUUUCCGCAGACUAGGAAUAUUUUACAGAAACAUGAUUUUAAAAUAUACUCUCGAAAAUUAGCACAACGAAAUAACACUUUGGCUCAGACCUCGCAUUCUAUAAGAAUUGAACAAAUGUAUUUCUAAUUUUUGCAUUUUCUGUUAUUGCAAGGGUUUGCAGUUUUCACGAUCCUAGCUUCUGAACAGAAGCGGCCGCGUGCGAAUGUUGUGCCUUCUAGAAAACAAAUAUUUUCAUCGCUAAUGGAAAUAUACAAUUGCAACGUAAACACACGACCAGAAUAUAUAGUUUACUUCACAAAUGUGAUUCAUUAUUCUUUAGAUAAUAAUGGUGGACAUGAACUUAAUGUGGGCUUUCUUGGUCUUGUUCUUCACAUUGGCUGUCGAUGCACACCAGGUAUAUACUUUAUCUGUAGAUCAUGCAACUCUGUGAUGGCUUUAUCCUCGUUAACAUCAUUGAAAGGGUUGCACAUACGAAUUAUGAAUAGUAGAAUUGGAAAAAUCUGUAGGUACUAAGGCGUGCCGAGUGUAUAGUAUUUCCAACGAGUGCAAUUAUAGUGUUUCCAACGAGUGUAAUUACAAUAAAAUAAGGGUAAAGGCUCAGCCCAUUUUGCUGUACCUGAUAAGCAGUGUUAAAAUAAAUACUCCAUUUGUUUUCAAAGCAAAAGUGCCACUCCGUUUGUAAUGGAAUCCCAGGAGUACCUGGCAAAUCGGGGUCGACUGGAAAAGAUGGUAAGCCUGGUGAGAAGGGGGAUGUGGGUUCUCCUGGCACAGUAGGGGCUAAAGGCGCUCCUGGCGAAAAAGGCAAGCCAGGAACGGACAGUGGUUUGUACUCUAACUGGAAGCAAUGUGCUUGGCAUCAGGGAGACGGCAAAGAUAACGGAUUAAUCAAGGUUUGUUAAAUGUACAAUGAAUUAUUAAAUUAAUUUUAAGGGAAAUGCCUCCGUCCGUUGAGUGUUGUACAGGGUGUAUAAAAAAAAGGUAAUCGAAAUUCAGCGCGCUAUUACACGUGAAUCACUCGGCGUACGAACAACUGGUUUUGAUAUUCGGAAAGAUCAGGCUUUUAGUUACUGAAUAACAUGCUUUUCAUACCAUGUGGAGAAAAAAUAAAAUGUUAGUCAAAAGCGGAUAUUUUCACCUCUGUGCCUAAUUAAAACAAUGCAUAACAAAAGAAAAAGAUUUAUUCCUACUUAGUGAUAAUUAUGAAUAUGUGCGUCGUUUAUUGAAAUGAAAUUCAUCAACUUAAGUACCAAUGGGGGAUUAUUUUCAAUGAAAAUAUGCGGUUCUGACUGGCAUUUUUUAUCUGAUUCGUAUUUGCUCAUUUUGUAUCCAUUUAGCAUGAAUAAGAUAUCAUUCAACACCUAAAAGCAUGAUCUUUCCGAAUGUGAAAAAGUCUCGUUCAUACGUAUAGUAACUCAGAUACAAUAGCGCGCUGAAGUUUGUUACCAGUUUUUGAUACACCAUGCAUGUUAAGGUUAAGGUUAAUAAAUAUAUUGUGUUAUAAGUUAUUGAAUAUAAGCUUGUAAAGAUUAACGUUUGCUUCUUUAACAAUUUUACUAAAUAUUUAAUUUCAUAAUUAACUCCUUCGAAAACACUAUAUUGAUUGUUAAAUUUUUUAUUCCUCAAGGAGUGUGUAUUCAACAAGAGGCACGGUGAGUCCUCUCUCAAAGUCUUUUAUGGCGGUAAUUUACGUAUCUACAACUGUAACGCUUGUUGCAAACGAUGGUAUUUUACAUUUAAUGGAGGAGAAUGCAAGACACCAUUGGCUAUUGACGGUGUUUUCUACAUGCUGAGAGGGGGCGGAAAACCCGGGAAUAUUCAUCGUCACCGCCAUAUUGAAGGUUACUGCAAUCAAAUACCCAAGGGCAAAGUUCGUGUCGGAUUCUGGGUAGGAAAUUGUAAGGGUUAUGGAAAUGCAGAUGCCGCAUCUGGUUGGAACUCGAUAUCUCGUAUUGUGAUUGAAGAAGUUCCACCACCACAAGUUUGACUAAUGGUUCUCGAUGCUGCAAAAUGAGAUACAAUUAAUAUAAUAUCAGCUUAAUUCCGAACCACGUAGAAUUAAUGAUUCUUAUCAUUACUGAAUAGUUGCUCAAUGAAAUUGGAUAACAAUAAUUACUUAAUUGUGAUUACCUGAGUCCAUACCUGUAUGCU